AUGGAGAAGAUCAAGAGCGUCCUUCACGGACACAAGAAGGAUGACACGGUUGCCCACGAUGCGCCUACAUCCUCUUCUACUGCUGAGGGCCAGGAACACCCAAUCUACGACAGCCAAACAUCCGAGCGCAAGGCACGGAAUGACACUCCGGGAGAGCCAAUGUACAACAUAAAGACAACUAGUGGCGCUCCAUACACAGACUUGGCUCACGGAAGCGGCUCAGCAGGCCUUCACGGAAGUGGUGCACAUGGAACACCCAUACAUGUUGGUACCGAUGGCCCUAUUGGGACGACGGCAGCUGCGACCGGAGCUCAUGACCCAAUCCGGACGCAAGAUUACUCCAACACCUCGCAGCCUCUCCAAAGCGGAACCGCGACUGCUGGAGGAGCUCAGCGUCCCGAUGCCUACCCCCAUGGCCACACUGCAGACCCGAGCGUCGCGAGCAUCAAGAGCGGCGUUAUUGGAUUUGGUCCGGGAGCCAACCAGGGACAUGCUGCCUUGUCGACACACAAUCCCACUCAGGAGUAUCUUGGUCAAGACCAAGUAGUUGGAGGCGGAGAUCAUGGAACUGCCGGCAUGACCAGGGGAGCGGGAAUGACCGAAGGAACAGGCGUCAACCCAGGCCAGACAUAUCCUCGUACGUAG